AUGACCCCCAAGUCUUUUUCGGAAUCAGUGCCUCCCAGGAUAGAGUCCCCUAUCUGGGAGAAACUAAAAUUGAGAAUCAUGCCUAAUCACAAAAAAUGUAUCAUACAGAAACAAAACUUCAUGCUGUUUUUUGUCCUGUUUCUCACGGCAGGAUCUCCCAGAUAUGGCACUGCAAAUGAAGAAGCUUCAGGAGAUGGUUCACCAGCAUUGAAUAUCAAAGUAACACCUAGACCAGAGACAUCUGCAGAAUAUUUUACAACUGCAGGUGACCAUGAUCUGAAACCUGCCAUCAAACCAACAGAGAUUGAGAUAAAUGUUGAAACAGGAAAUAAUGCAAGUACUGGGUUAAAUGAUAUGAAUAAUGACAACACCCCAGAAAUGGCAGGUGUACAGCCUGCCUUAAUGUUUGGCAUUCCUGUGGUGAUACUAGUCCUACUAAUUCUGCUGAUCAUUUUCUUUGUGAUACGUCAUAAAAGGAAAAAGUCUAAGCAAGAUGAACUGGGAAGUGAAAAUGUCAAAAGUCCUAUUUUUGAAGAAGACACACCCUCUGUUAUGGAAAUAGAAAUGGAAGAGCUCGAUAAAUGGAUGAAUAGCAUGAACAAAAAUGCUGAUGGUGACUGUUUACCUACUGUAAAAGAAGAAGAAAAGGAAUCAAAUGUCUUCACAAGUGACUGCGAAACAUGAAGUCCAAACAGCACUGAACUGGUUAAAGGGAAGCUGUGCACAAGGCUCAUAGUCCUAUCCCACAGAUACUAGAUGAACUGGAUGUAAACUUAAUUCGUCUCAAACAGCGAGAGAAGCAAAUGCUUUUGUUGUUUCCUGUUGCAUGCAUUCUUCGUAAUGGAGGCAUCACCAAUAAAAACAAGGAAAUGCAUUACAGUAAGAUUAAGGAUCUGAUUUAAACUUGC